GUGACAAGUCACGAUUGUCGCGCUUCAACGCGACUCAGGGAAAAGCCAUCAUGAAAGCAACAAGCGCAACACCAUCUACAUCAGCACCUGUCGCUCACAAUGCUCUACCCCCACCUUCCGCAACAUCCAAUGCUCGUUCUUCCAGAAUCGCUCCUCACUCGCACAUAAAAGGAUUGGGGCUCACAUCAGAAGGCCUUGCAGCACCUGACGGUGCAGGAUUCAUAGGCCAAACUAAUGCUCGAGAGGCAUGUGGUGUGGUGGUGGAUCUCAUCAAAUCCCGCAAAUUUUCGGGACGCGCGCUACUACUUGUAGGUGCGCCUGGAACAGGAAAAACAGCCCUUGCUCUAGCAGUCUCGCACGAACUCGGCGCCAAAGUGCCCUUUUGCCCAAUGGUUGGUUCUGAGGUGUAUAGCACAGAGGUGAAGAAGACGGAGGUACUUGCAGAAUCGUUCAGGAGGGCAAUCGGUCUGCGGAUAAAAGAAACCAAGGAAGUUUAUGAAGGAGAGGUCACCGAACUCACACCCGCAGAAUCUGAGAACCCAUUGAGCGGAUACGGAAAAACAGUCUCGCAUGUUAUCGUUGGUCUCAAAACCGUCAAAGGUACCAAGCAGCUGCGACUAGAUCCCACCAUCUAUGAAGCAAUCCUCAAAGAAAAAAUUGUGGUCGGUGAUGUUAUCUAUGUGGAAGCCAACACAGGUGCAGUCAAGAGAGUUGGACGUUCUGAUGCAUAUGCUUCCUCCUACGACCUCGAAUCCGAGACAUACGUACCAUUACCAAAAGGCGACGUUCACAAGCGCAAAGAGCUUGUCCAAGACGUUACCCUCGGCGAUCUUGAUGCCGCCAAUGCACGUCCACAAGGCGGUCAAGACAUCAUGAGCGUCAUGGGUAGCCUCGUGAAGAGCGGAAGGACGGAGGUGACAGAUAAACUUCGAAGAGAAGUUAACAAGGUAGUGAAAGGCUACGUAGACCAGGGCGUUGCGGAGGUUGUUCCGGGCGUAGUUUUCAUUGAUGAGGUACACAUGUUGGAUAUCGAGUGCUUCACUUAUCUCAAUGCCCUCCUUGAAUCGCCCAUGGCGCCUACUGUAAUACUUGCUACCAAUCGCGGAAAUGCACUAGUGCGAGGGACGACCGACGUUGUCUCACCUCAUGGUAUCCCUGUAGACUUGUUGGAUCGGUGUCUCAUUGUAAAGACCGAUGGAUACAAUCGCGAGCAAAUCGGCAAGGUAGUACAAUUACGUGCGAACGUCGAAGGUCUCAAACUGGGUUCUGGGGUUUUGGAGCGAAUAGCAGAGGAGGGCGAACGAGGAUCCAUGCGAUAUGCUCUCCAACUUCUUACACCAGCUUCAAUUCUCGCCGGUCUUUCCGGAAGAAACCAGAUAGAAGUGGAGGAUAUUGGGGAGAUGAACGAGCUGUUCUUAGAUGCGAAGACUUCUGCAACUAAUAUUGGCGCAGACGGUGGGUUCGAUGGGGGAAAGAUGUGGUGAAUGUCGUUCCCUGCCAACGGCUUCUCCCGUACGCUUCCAUAUUAUCCUGUUCAUUCUGUUCAUGGUCUCGUGUUCAGAUCGCUAAAUUGCUGCUCGUACGAGAAUGCCUUCUCUGGAUGCUAUCAUUUUGUCUCUUGAAUGACGAAGAGUGUGUAACUUAACGAAGUCAGUAACUCAGCCCUGCAUCGAAACUUUUAAAUCAUGUGCUUCUAUUUCAUAAUUUUUGUGCGGCAUUCAGCGGGGAAACCAGUGGGGAACCCCAAGGGAAACCCAUCGAUGCCCAGGGCUGGACUCCUUUUCCCCACUUUACGCAUCACCUAAUUACUUGGAGUACUUCCGACUCCAGCCCAAUUCUACGCUCCACAUCGUAGGGCGUACUACUUCCCACAAUGCUAUAGCG